ACUUUAUUCAGUGUAUUACUAACAUACCAGCUGGUAAUAACUUAACACUGUAUGCAUGUGAAUGGGGAACCAUAUGGAACUGUAUAUCUAAUCCUCCUGCUGUAAUAACUGGUAUUAAUAUUACUAGUAACUCUACACCUUCAGCUCUAAUGUCAUCAGUUCAUUCAUCAUCAGUAUCACUCACAUCAACAGUAUUGACUGCUCCAUCAAUGAUGUCUGUACCAGUGAUGAUAUCUACUUCACCAGUAACAACUACUUUAUCAAAAAAUUCAACAAUUCUAACAUUCGCAACUAAUUCAACUGUUUUAACUGCUUCAUUAAACACUUCAUCAACUAAAUCUACAUCAUCAGUUACUUCUAUGUUAUCAGUGUUGUCUGGUUUGUCAGUAUCAACUACUUCAACAGUACAACAAGUUACAAGUAGCUUCAUCAUAAGCAGUACUACAGAUACUCCUACCAUCAGUAGCUCUACUUCUAUUCCUACCACUAGAUUAACUAGUACAUUAGUGACAGGUACUUCAACUGCUUCAUUCCUGAGUGUUUCAAAACCUUUAUCUUCAACUCAUUCAUUCCUAUCUUCUUUAUCCCCAACAUCUUUAUCCUUACUCAUAUCAUCUUCAUCCAGCAUUACUUCACCUUUGCUCUCAUUUUCUUCAUCCUUAACUUUAUCACUCCUAACUUCUUCAUCCCCAACUCCUUCAUGGACAGCUCCUUCAUCCAUAUCUUCUUCAUCAUUAAUUAUUGGACUCGCUUCUGGGAUAUCAAUUGCACUACUAAUUAUAAUAAUUGUUGUUAUAGUAAUUGUAGUGGUAGCAGCAACAGUUCGAUUUAAAAAGAGAAGAGGAAGAAUGGAAGUGACUACUGAUAACAUUUAUUCCACUGGACCAAUUAUGAUUCCAUUGAAUGGUGUAGUGAGAGAUGAUCCUUCUCCUAAUACUCCUCCAGCAGUAGUUCCCCCACCUAUUUACACAGAGGUACGUCGCUUUAAGGAUAACAGUGAGAGAGGAGUGUAUGAUAAAGUGUCUCGUGUGUCAGCUAAUGGACAUCAAACAGAUCACAAUGUUGAUAGGAAUGGAAGCUAUUAUUCUACUCUCAAUGCACAAUCAGGAACUGUAUACGACACAUUGCAGCACAAUAAUAAUAGUAAUCCAGUACAGCCUAGAGUCAUACCCUCUCAAGAGAAUUCUAGUCAAUAUUCCAGUUUAGGUGUUGUAGCUCAAGCUUCUAAACCUACUCCAGUGCCUCAUAGUCAGUAUUCUGUU